AUGUCCGCGCCCCACGAGGAAGACCUCAAGCCUGAGGAGACGGAAGGCUUCAAGGUCGGUGAGAAGAAGACGAUUGAUGAGUAUCAGCAGCUAGACCAAAACGACGAAUCCCUCCGCAAGUGGAAAGAGUCACUCGGCAUCGGCAGCGGCACGCCCAUCGCCAACCCCUCGGACAAGCGCCGCGUGGUAAUCCUCUCGCUGGGCCUCGAAGUCCAAGGCCGCUCGGACAUCAUCAUCGACCUGCAGCAGCCCGGCACGCUGGAGGACCUCAAGAACCACCCGUUCACGAUCAAGGAGGGCGCCGUGUUCCGCAUGAAAGUGCGCUUCCAGGUGCAGCAUCAGGUGCUGAGUGGGUUGAAGUAUGUGCAGGUCGUGAAGCGCAUGGGGGUGAAGCAGAAGAUGCAGGAGAUGAUUGGCUCUUACUCGCCCAACACGACCGACAAGACUGAGUACGAGAAGAAGUUCGAACCCGACACCGCCCCCUCAGGCAUGGUCGGCCGCGGCCACUACAACGCCGUCUCCAAAUUCGUCGACGACGACAACCAAGACCACCUGAGCUUCGAAUGGUCCUUCGACGUCAAGAAAGACUGGUAG